ACGCGGAAUGGAUUGUGGAGGAGCAGAAUGGAAGCGGGGAGGCCGCUCAGGGCACCCAGGCCAGGGGUGUGAGGGCGAGGGAGGAGCCCCAGACGACCGUUAACCGGGCACAUUUCUGUGCUCCCACCAAGACAAAGUGGGAGAAAUCUGCUGGGGACACAGGGAGGGUUCCUUUACCCAGAGCGGCAAGGCUCGUUACCACCGAACGCGCGCCCGUCUCCACCCGACGCCUUUUGGCGCGCGGGGGCGCCCGAGCCGCGCCGCGGGGCCUUCGCGCCGCCGCCGGAAGUGCUUUCCUGACCCGCCGCGCGGUGCCGGUCCGCGCCGUGCCGCUGGAAGAUGGCGCUGGAAGCCAGCGACAUGGAAGACGGGCAGCUCUCGGACUCGGAUUCCGACAUGACGGUCGCAGCCAGCGACAGGCCGCUCCAAGUGCCGAAAAUACUAGAUGGGGACAGUGCUGUGAGGUCCUUCCAAAGCACUGCAACAGCGUAUGUACCAGUGUCACAUUAUCGGACUGUUAAAAGUGUGGAUUCAAGUGAAGAGAGUUUUUCUGAUUCAGAUGAAGAUAGCUCUAUUUGGAAACGCAAGCGGCAGAAGUGUCUUAACCCUCCUUCCAAACCAGAGCCAUUUCAGUUUGACCAGAACAGUGAGAAACCACCUGUUGCUGGGGGAAAGAAGGUUAACAAUAUAUGGGGUGCCGUGCUACAGGAACAGAAUCAAGAUGCAGUGGCCACUGAACUUGGUAUCUUGGGAAUGGAGGGCACUAUUGACAAAAGCAGACAAUCUGAAACCUAUAAUUAUUUGCUUGCUAAGAAACUUAAGAGGGAAUCUCAAGAAUGUACAAAAGAACUAGACAAAGAACUAGAUGAAUAUAUGCAUAGCAGCAAAAAAAUGGGGUCAAGGGAAGAGGAAAAUGGGCAAGGUCAUCUGAAACGGAAACGACCUGUCAAAGACAGAGUAGGGUGCAGACUAGAAAUGAACUAUAAAGGCCGAUAUGAGAUCACAGAAGAAGAUUCUCAAGAGAAAGUAGCUGAUGAAAUUUCUUUCAGGUUACAGGAACCAAAGAAAGAUCUGAUAGCCCGAGUAGUGAGAAUAAUUGGGAAUAAAAAGGCAAUUGAACUUCUGAUGGAAACUGCAGAAGUCGAACAAAAUGGCGGCCUUUUUAUAAUGAAUGGUAGCCGAAGAAGAACACCAGGUGGAGUUUUUCUGAAUCUCCUGAAAAACACCCCAAGUAUCAGUGAAGAACAAAUUAAGGAUAUUUUCUACAUUGAAAAUCAAAAGGAAUAUGAAAAUAAAAAAGCUGCUAGGAAGAGGAGGACACAAGUGUUGGGUAAAAAGAUGAAACAAGCUAUUAAAAGUCUGAAUUUUCAAGAAGAUGAUGAUACAUCACGAGAAACUUUUGCAAGUGACACAAAUGAGGCCCUGGCCUCUCUUGAUGAGCCACAGGAAGGACACAGUGAAACCAAGUUGGAUGCAGAGGAGGCCAUUGAGGUUGAUCAUUCCCAGGAUUUGGACAUCUUUUAAGAACAUUUUGGACAUUUUGAGGAAUAGACCUUUCUAAAAUAACAUUGUAAUAAACCAUUUUUACUGAGAUUGCUUUGUUUUACUUUGCACUGAUAAACAUGAGAAUCAGGAGAAGAGAGAACAGUUUCUUGUUUUAAAUAAAAAUUAAUAUAUGUGGGGAGAUGAAUACAAUUGAUAGAAACAUUUAAAGAUUGCUUAUGUCUGACACCAUACUUAACAGUAUAUAACAUAGGAUUUAAUUUUCUCUGUUGCAUAUGCUAAUUAUUAUGAGUACUUUACUAGUUAAUAAUUGGUUUUGUCCAGGUUAUUAUAACACACCACUCAAAAAUCUAAUUUCUUUUUCUGACUUGUCUUUGUGGUGAAUUAUGCUUUGGUUUCAAAACAUUCCGUUAAGAGAUCCAUAUGGGACACAUAAUUAAGCUGUUACAAAUGCAUUCAAAUUUGUUUUCUCUAUGUUGUAAGAACUCCUAGGAAAUUUUAAGGAUAGAGACUUAAAAAAGAUUUAUAUUGAAGGUUCUUCCCUCUUGUUUAUGCAGAAGCAAAUAAAUGUCAAACUUUUCAAAGAAG